AUGAUGGAUCUCACUCCGCCUGACCAGAAGCGUGCCCGGCUCGGUAGAUACCCAGUACCACAAUGGCAGGACUCAGCAAAACGUCAACUUCCGCCGCCACCACCUUCCGCCUCUCUGCAAUCCUCUGUUCAGUACGCCUCACAUGUAACUCCACUUCCUCGACUCGAUGCUCAGGAAUGUGAUCGCCGAACACUUCAAGUUGCACCAACUUACGAAACACAAGCUACUAGGAAAUCUAGUUCAGUAUCACAUAGUUAUCACCUUCCGACAGCCGGACAAUCAUUUGUCCUCAAUCGAGAUUCGAUGGGAAAGAGAGAGCCUCCCGAUGACUCUCAAUUUCGCCCUUCACCCACGAGCAUCAUAAGUGACAAUGUAAACGCCCCUCAACCCCUCGAUUCCACAAGUCGUUUUAAUCCAGCGGUGCCGAAUUACGAAACUGGACGAUCCCAAUCAUACCCUCCCGCUUCCUAUUCAGCAACGCCUAUUCCGAUCGCUGAGCCUUUCGGUCAUCUUUAUGGGGCCUCGGGUCUUCCUACUUCGUGUCCACUACCACCACCGCGAAACCUAGAUCAAUACAUCCAUCCCGCAUAUGGUUCGAUCCGAGCAGCGGACCAGCAAAUAAGGAAAAAAGCGCAGCGGGCAGCACAGGCAUGUGAUAGUUGUCGUACUGCAAAGGCUAAGUGUGAUGAAGGCCGUCCAGCUUGUACAAGUUGUAGAGAGAAUGGAAAAGACUGUCGAUAUCGUGAUCCACCUCCUAAACAGAAAAGACAAGAUAAGGCAUCUGCCGAUAUUAUCGAUAGUCUAAACCGAUUAGAAGCUGUCAUGCAUAAAUUUACUCGCCAAAUAGAUCACUUGACCAAUGAAGUGAUUGAACUGAAAAAGUCUCAGCGUAGCCUAGCCCCAUCUGCAUCCACUCCAAGGACUCAGAUAAAACAGGAGCGAGAUUCAAUUCACAGUAACGCUAAUAACUUUGAAUUUUCUGAAGCCUCUAUAUUAACGGAUCCCUCUCGGCCUCCCCAACUUUCUAUUAUCCCGUCAUUAGCCAGCGAUCGACUGGAUCUUUAUCCCAUCCCUACUCCUAACAUAGAAGAUACCAAUAACACUUCAGAUGAGGAUGAUGACGCUGCCGCUGAACCUGGGCCACCUAAACAGCCUUCUAUCCCUGUAAAUCACACGACUGGGGCAGCAAGACUUCUUCUUGUUCCACCAAUUAAAAAAAUGUGUGCUGAUAUUAUGCUUCACUCUAAAUUUAAAAGUGAAAAGUAUCCAUAUUUGCAAGAGUGGAAGCGUGGCCUUCUCAGGCUCUAUGGAAGAGGGGAAGGUUACGAAAAUCCUGCAGGGUAUGAUAGAGAGCUUGCGAUUGAUCAUGUUGAUAUCUCACCAGCUGACUGCCUUCCCGAAUUAUUUUCACCCGUACCAGGUGAAGAAUGGGGUCAUAUUGGAUUUCCAUCGCCUUCGACUGACAUAUAUCUACAUGAAAUUCCACCUCGCGGAAUAACAACCGAGAGCAUACCAGAUUUUAGUCGGGAGACAGUCUUGUCUCUAGUGCUCAGUUUUAAAAAAAAUAUAAAUAACAUGCAUCCUCUCCUCAUACCUAGACAACUAGACCAAAUAGUCGAAAAUUUCCUACGGUCCACACCUGAUAGUGGGCAUACACCGAAACCUGCACAAUCAGCUCCGCUGGUAGCAAUGAUCCACCAUUCGGAGAGCCCGGGGAGGAAAAGGAAGAGGUCACCAGCUGAAGUUGAGAAGAUUGAAAUGAAUGCAGGAAAUGAUUAUCGAUCUAGGAAUCCGGCUCGAAGUAUCUCAUCUGCUAUAGUUUUGCUUUGUAUGGCUCUAGGAAAGAUAUGCCUGGAUAAGGGGAAAAUUCCCCAACUACACGGCGACCAAGAGAUUUACACCUCCCAUUUCAAUAUCUACGACAACUCACCAACAGUCAGUGGCUUUCCAAAUUCCCCACAGUUCCAGAACCCUUCCGUAAAUGUUUCCUUUGGUACAAACAAAGUUCCUGACUCAGAUUAUAAAACAUCUUGCAGUCGAAGAACAUCACCUGAUACGUCUCGCCGCGAUAGAAAGCUUUUGGGACUUAGAAAUAUUGAUGUGAUCCCGGGAUUAGUUUACUUCGCUCUCGCAACCGACAUUCUCGGCAAUCAAAUGGCCGGUAGCUCACUGCAACAUGUCCAUGCCAAUAUUCUUGCUGGAUUAUACCAUGCUCAGCUUGCACGGAUUAUGGAAAGCGCAGCUUACAUAUCAAAUGCGUGUCGCGCCCUCCAAGUUAUACUUCGACCGCGCUUAGAUCGAUUUAGAAAAGUUAUCGAUGAACAAAAGAUCAUUGAAUCUAAGGAUAAUCCACUAAUUUUCGCCUUUUGGACAUGUCUACAACUCGAAAGCGAUAUAGUUGCCGAAAUUCCCUGUCCUCAAACAGGUAUUCUAACAUUUGAAGAGGAUAUGCCUGGACCAAAUCUUGAGGCAGCACACCGUGAAGAUGGGUUUGAACAGGAUGUUAUUGAAAGUUACAGCGCACAACUAUUUUUGCGGAAGCACCUCAACUCUCUUCACUGCAUGUUCUAUAGGCCUCGUGACCCAAACUCUGAAGACCGAUUUACAGCACUAGUUUUAGCCAAUAACAAAGGCGACGAGCCCAAGUUUCCAACUAUAGAGCUCCUUUCCCAAAGUCUGAACGGCAUCGAAGUCUACGCUCCUACGAUGAGGUGGAUGGUUGACCAACCUGAACCACCCAGCGAUAUUCUGGGGGCUAGGCUGCGUGCAAAGUAUUAUGGAGCUCAGGUUAUCACAUAUCGACCUUUUGUUCUUCAGGUCCUUGAACGUUCUGAACCACCAUGUCCAGAGACCAUGCAUGGUCAAAAUGAACAAAUUUCAGAUGAAUAUCUCAGCGAGGUUAAGGCACCAAUAGUUAGACACGAUAUUAAAGAGGUAAAAGAUAUUGAUCCGAAGGCUUUAGAGUAUGUUCGCCUGGGGCUUAUUGCACUAAUCAAUAGUACGACCGCUUUCCACGGCCUCGGAGAUCCAGGCGAGAAACGAAUUAUCGUGACCAAUGUCUGGGGAACGGCUCACGCGCAAUGGGGGAACAUGCUCACCCUACAGGCUGCAUACAUGAAUCCGAUUUUGAAUCCACUUUUGCUUGAGCUUAUCACUAAAAAUGAGCUUAUUACGCUUGUAGAAAAGACUCUGGGAUUUCUUGCGCUGGUAGGCAGUCCUACAUCGGCAUUAGCGAUUGAUUGGAAAAUUCUCAACUUAACUAGCCGUAAAAAUGGCCUACGACAUCAGCCAGUUGUGGCCUGUCAAAAUUUUCCCAGUGCCUCUUUUGGCGAUUAA